CCCGCGCCAUGUCUCUGCCUCCAGAGAAAGCCUCUGAACUGAAGCAGAUCAUUCAUCAGCAGCUGACCAAGAAACAUUUCUGUGUAGAUGGAUGUCCACGGCAGGAUCCGAGAAGUUCUUGCUGAAACAAUACGUGAAGAACUGGCUCCUCAGCAUCAACAGUUGUCUGAAGAAGACUUGAUGAAAGCCCUAAUACGGCGAGGGAUAAUUGACGAUGUUGUGAAAGAACUCAAUUUCAUGACUGAUAUGAAUAACAGGGAAGUGACUUCAACUCCAAAACCUUCUACACAUUUUGUUGAUCGACAGCCACCUGUGCUGAAAAAGACUAAUAUUGAUCCAACACGAAGAUAUCUGUACCUCCAGGUUUUGGGUGGGAAAGCUUUUCUGGAACAUUUGCAGGAACCUGAGCCUUUACCUGGUCAAAUUUGUUCCACUUUUACUCUCUGCUUACACUUUCGAAAUCAGCGCUUCCGCUCUAAACCUGUCCCGUGUGCCUGUGAACCUGAUUUCAGUGAUGGCUUUCUACUCGAAGUAUACAAAGAUAGUCUAGGUGAGGGAAGUAAGAUGGCGGAUGCAACUACUAUGCUGUCAAUAUGUGAUCCAGUGCAUAUUGUUUUGAUCAAGACAGAUACAUCGGGUGAGACCACAUUAGUAGCAUCCUAUUUCUUGGAGUGGCGGUCUGUCCUUAGUGCAGAAAACAGGGUAACAAAGAUUGCUGUUGAACUUCUCGGUGUAGGUACAGAAUCAAAGGUUUCUGUUGGAGUACUUGACAUCAAACUUGAAAUGUACCCAAAGCUAAAUAAGACUCUUUCUCAGGAAAUAGUUAAUACUCAACUUGCUUUAGAACGGCAGAAAACAGCAGAAAAAGAACGUUUGUUUCUUGUAUAUGCUAAGCAGUGGUGGAGAGAAUACCUGCAGAUUAGGCCUUCUCACAACACAAGACUGGUGAAAAUCUUUGCACAGGAUGAAAAUGGGGUAAACAGACCAGUAUGUUCAUAUGUCCGACCCCUUCGAGCAGGUCGACUAUUGGACACACCCAGACAAGCUGCAAGAUUUGUUAGUGUACUUGGAUAUGAAAAAGCCCCUGUGAUUGGUGGAGGUGGUAAACAAGAACAGUGGUGUACUCUUCUGACUUUUCUGUGUAGAAACAAGGGUGACUGUGAAGAUCAUGCUAACCUUCUGUGCAGUCUUCUACUGGGAUUUGGGCUAGAAGCUUUUGUAUGUGUAGGAACCAAAGCUAAAGGAGUUUCUCACACAUGGGUAAUGACUUAUGGAAUUGAUGGAACAGUCACGUUCUGGGAGAGUUUGACAGGACAUAGAUACAUCCACAAUCCUAUUAAGCCUGAUGACCCUCCAGCUGUUGAGCAACCAAAGCCACUGUAUCCCUAUCGAACAAUAGGAUGCGUCUUCAAUCAUCAAAAGUUUUUUGCCAACUGUCAGCCAUCUGAGGCGGUAGAAGUCUGUUUCUUUGACCUGCACGAUGAAUCCAAAUGGAAACCAAUGAGUGGAGAAGCAAUCAAAUCUGUCUGUUCUCCAGGUGCCACAACUGCUCUUCCGUCUUUUCCUCCUCUCUGUGCUUCUGCAAUAGAUGCUGCAGCAACAAGCAAUGAGCUGGAAUUGCAGCUGAGAUUAUUGGUGGCAGAACACAGGAAGGAUCUUGGUUUUGCAACAGUUUGGGACGAUCAGCUAUCUUAUCUCCUGUCACCAGCCUUGGCAGCCUAUGAACUUGAGCGUACCACAGGCAUUUCUUCAGGAAAUGAAGAGUUUCAAGAUGCCAUCAGGAGAGCAGUACCUGAUGGUCACACAUUCAAAGGAUUUCCCAUUCAUUUUGUAUACAGAAAUGCAAGGAGAGCCUUUGCUACCUGCCUUCGGUCUUCAUUCUGUGAAGAAAUAGUGUGCUGUAGAGGAGACCAAGUGCGGCUUGCGGUUCGUGUCCGAGUAUUUGUGUAUCCUGAAUCUGCGUGUGCGGUUUGGAUCAUGUUUGCUUGCAAAUACCGUUGUGUACUCUAAUAAAUCAUUUACACUUUUAUACUGAAAUCUCUGCUCACUGUUAAGCAAAUGAACUUUUGGGGUCAGAGAUGUGUACAGCACU